UGGCUUGUGUUUACAUUUGAUGUAAAUUUUUUUGCAGGUAAAUGUAGUGGCUGGGGUGACCCACAUUACAAAACAUUUGAUGGAACAUACUAUGCUUUCCAGGGAAACUGCACUUAUGUUUUGUUCAAAGAAAUCAUCCCAAAAUACAAUAUCAGUGUCCAUGUUAAAAACUAUUAUUGUGAUAUAAAAAAUAAUCUGGCCUGUCCUGAGUAUGUGGUUGUUAACUACAAAUCAUAUAAAAUCAAGCUGACUAGCAACACUAAAGAGGUCCAGGUAAGUCUUAGGACUACAGUAAAACGUUCACAGGUUUCUGAUUUAAUAUAAAAAAUAUUUUACUCCAGAGAAUAAUUGUCAUGAUAAUACAGAAAGGCAUUGUUUUCUCAGGUCUAUGUUGAUGGUGAUAUGAAACAACUAACUUACAUAAAUAAUGACUUUUUCAUCACCACCUCUGGCAUGGCAGUAAUUGUGAACAUCACUGAAAUCAAAGUUGACAUUACUGUGAAUCAUCAAGGCUUUGAGAUCAAUCUCCCAUUCUCAUAUUUCCAUGGUAAUACAGAGGGACAGUGCGGGGUUUGUGACAACAACCGUGCAAAUGACUGCAGACGUCCUGAUGGACAAAUCGACCCAUCAUGUGUGAACAUGGCAGAGCUUUGGAUGGUCCCCCCAGGAUGCAUAAAACCUCCAACUAUAUCUCCACCUACAACUACAAACUCAACUAUAUCUCCACCUCCCUGCAAUUCGACCAUUUGUGAUCUCAUCAAGAGCGAUAUGUUCAUGGAAUGCCAUGGGGUCAUUCCUUAUGAAAGUUAUUAUGAAGCAUGCAAAUAUGAUGUGUGCCACAUGAGAAACAGCUCUAUUGGUUGUACCAGUCUGGAGGCAUACGCUCUGCUAUGUGGCAAAGAGGGUAUCUGUGUGGAGUGGAGAACAUCAAAUGAACUCACCAAAAAGUGUGAAUACAAGUGCCCCAGUCACAAAGUCUAUAAGGGAUGUGGUCCUAAAGUUGAAAAAACCUGCAGUACAAGGUACAAUGAUAGAUUUGUGGAGAAAGACUGUCAAAACAAUAACUGUCAUCAAACAUUUACGGAAGGCUGUUACUGUCCUGAUGACAAAUAUCGAGUUAGUUCAACAAUAGAUGCCUGUACAUCUUAUUGUGAUUGCAUCGGCCCUGAUGGAUUACCUAGACAACCUGGCGAUACAUGGACCAUGGACUGUCAUGAGUACACAUGCUCCAAUGAGACCUUUGGUAUUAAAACUGUGCCUGUGGGGUGUCCGGCUGAAAAGUCCUGUGGACCAGAACAAAAGAAAAUAAUUGAAAACUGCUGCCUAACCUGCGUGUGUGAUCUCGAGCUGUGUCUUCAGAAGAAGUGUGCUGUGGGAUAUACAUUGGCAGCAAAUAAAUCUGAAGACAGUUGCUGUCCACCCUGUGUGCCCAAAGAUGUAUGUGUGUACAAUAACACUGAGUACCAGCCUGGAGUUCAAAUCCCCACAGAUCCCUGCAUCGAAUGUAACUGUCUAAUGGAUAAAGACCCAAAGACCCAACUACAUGUCGUCACGUGCGCUUCUAUCGCCUGUGAACCUUGCCCUGAUGGAUUUGUGCCUGUCCAAGAAAAAGGAGAAUGCUGUCAAACAUGCCAGCAAAAUAGCUGUUUUUAUACUGCGCCAGACAACACCUCACAUAUUCUCAAGACUGGAGACACGUACAACUACAAGUGUGAGACUGUGAUCUGUCAACAAAUGAAUGACACAUUCAUGAUAGAGAAGACCAUAGCAACCUGUCCAGAGUUCAAUCCAGAUGAGUGUGUGCCUGGAACACUGACACUUGAUGCAGAUGAAUGUUGCAAUACUUGUGAGCUCAGGAACUGUGUUCGUGUGAAGAACACCACAGAUGUUACUUUAAAUGACUGCAAGUCCAUCCAUCCCAUAGAAGUGACUUCCUGCAGUGGCCACUGUGACACAGAAUCAAUGUAUUCAAUGGGAGCCAACAUCAUGAUGCACAGCUGUUCUUGCUGUCGGGAGAUGAAAACCAGCGUUAAAAAAGUGCAGCUGAAGUGUUCUGAUGACCGUGUGAUCGAUCAUGACUACGUCUACAUAGAGAGCUGCAAAUGCACUCCAAUAACUUGUGAAAACCAGAAGACUAGUGGAUAAAAGAUCCCAUUCAGUGUGUAUGCUAUACUGCUACAAUUCCAACUAAAUUGCUAAAUACUAUGCAUAUAUUGGUGAAAGAUGGGACCAUUCAGCUUUCUGCUCUAUAACUAUUAUCUCUCAGGGCAUUUUCAGGGCAUUUUGAACAUUUUGUUUCUUCUUUAGCAAUGAAAAAUAAAAUUCUUUACAUUUCAUCCUUCUGAAAUAAGUGAUGACUAUAAUAAAGCAAAAAAAAGCAACAAAAAAAA